AGAACUGCGAAGCUGUGAUCCGAUCAUGAGUCAUACCAGAGAGGCGGACUCUUUAUAUCAGCAUCUGUAUUCAAACCCACAAGUACAAGAUCUUGGAUCACAGAUGUCUUCGGCUCAAGUAUCAGAGCCUUCAGUGCAGUGACUGGGACAAACAGCUAGUCCCUGCCCUGAGCUUCAGCAGAACACUCUUAAACACACGCAACGCCAACCCCAAGAGACACGAGAGAGGCCGAUUUUGUCAGUGUUAGCAGAUGUACCAGAGGAGGAAAUAGGACAGCAAAGACCAGGAUUAUAGUGGGUUUCAAUGUGUUCUACUUGAAAAACCUGCACCAUGACUCAACAAGGGGAAGAAGAGGACAACCUUGCGCCAGUCACUGAUCCUAAACAGUCCUCAGUGCAUUUCCUACGAGAUGUGGUUUUUCAUGGCAAGUUUGAGCUCCUUAAAUCAGCGACCCCGGAUGAAAGCACGUGUUUCCAGAAGGGUCUGUACUUCGAGGACGGUCAGAGGAGAGUGGAUUACGUCCUCACCUACAAUCUGAAGAAGCCCUGUGGCAGUCGCAUCAGCAGAUAUGUACCACAUAUGCACCAUGACAACUCCCUCCACCACGGCACCCAGAACAAAGACAAAAACGCUGCACAGUCUAAAGUAGGACAGAGAACCUCCAUCGCUGGGUUUGGAUGGGAGCUGGGAUCUCAAGGAGAGGAUGAUAAGAUCCUUCAGAGAGAGGACUAUGAAUCAAAACUCAGAGAUAUGGGGCUGGAGUUGGAGAAAGAAGAGAAUGGUAAGGUCCCAGGAGUGGGUUUUGUAAAGAUUCACGCUCCCUGGAAUGUUCUGUGUCGAGAGGCAGAGUUCAUGAAGCUGAAGAUGCCAACCAAAAAGUGCUACGAAGUGAAACAGUCCAGUGGUUUUGUGGAGAAGCUCAUGUCUUUGGCCAGUAAAGUGGUGGAGCCUCUGCACCCCCACGUGGAGGAGCACCAUCCCAAGAACGUCAAGUAUCUGUCGCACACUUUCUCCAGAGAGAAAUCACAUCUGUUUGAUCUUUCAGACAAAGACUGCUUCUUCGACAGUAAAACAAGAAGUUCAAUUGUUUAUGAAAUUCUAAAAAGAACUAAAAGCAAGGCAAAGUACAGUAUAGGCAUAACAAGUCUGUUGGGUAGAGGUGUGUACACAGCAGCUUACCCUCUACAUGAUGGCGACACAGAGGAGUAUGCAGAGCCAAAUGACAGAAAGCUUUUGUAUGAGGAGUGGGCAAACUACAGUGUAUUCUACAAGUACCAGCCCAUUGGACUAGUACGAAAAUAUUUUGGGGAGAAGAUCGGCCUUUACUUUGCCUGGUUAGGUCUGUACACCCAGAUGCUGAUUCCAGCGUCUGUUGUGGGAGUUAUCGUCUUUCUUUACGGCUGUGCAACAGUCAAUGACAACAUACCAAGUAUGGAGAUCUGCCACCCCAGGAACAACAUCACCAUGUGUCCUCUGUGUGACCACGUGUGCAGCUACUGGAAGCUGAGCUCAGCCUGCGGCACAGCUCGAGCCAGCCACUUAUUUGACAACCCCGCCACCGUCUUCUUCUCCGUGUUUAUGGCUCUGUGGGCCGCUAUGUUCAUGGAGCACUGGAAAAGGAGGCAGAUGAGACUGAAUUAUGAAUGGGAUUUAACUGGCUUUGAGGAUGAGGAGGAUCAUCCUCGAGCCGAAUAUGAAUUCAAGGUAAUGCAGAAAUCAAUGAGAAAAGAAGAGAAAACACCGCACAAGCUCACCUGCCAAGAUCGCUUCCCUGCCUACAUGACCAACGUUGUCAUGAUGUUGUUAAUGAUUGGCGUCACUUUUGCCAUUGUGUUUGGUGUGAUUAUCUACAGAAUCUCCACCAAAGCUGCUCUUCACAUGAGCUCCAGCCCCAUGUCCCGAAACCACAUCCAGGUGACGGUGAAGACAACGGCCGCCAUCAUAAACCUGGUGGUCAUCCUGGUCCUGGACGAAGUCUAUGGAGCGGUGGCCCGAUGGCUCACUGUGCUGGAGGUGCCAAAGACUGAUAAGAGUUUUGAGGAACGACUAAUAUUUAAAACCUUCGUUCUCAAAUUCUUUAAUGCUUUCACUCCCAUUAUCUACAUUGCUUUCUUCAGGGGGAGGCUGGUUGGCAGACCGGGAAGCUACUUAUACGUGUUUGAAUCAUACAGAAUGGAAGAGUGUGCUCAUGGUGGCUGUCUGAUGGAGUUAUGCAUCCAGCUCAGUAUCACCAUGUUGGGAAAACAACUCAUUCAAAACAAUCUGUUUGAAAUCGGAAUACCUAAAUUAAAGAAGUUGAUCCGCUACAUUCAGUCAAAGCAGGAAUCGUAUCAAGAACAGGACAGACAGAAAAAGCUGCAGAGAUAUGAAACAGACCACUUCCUGGAGCCAUUUGCAGGACUAACACCAGAGUAUAUGGAGAUGAUCAUCCAGUUUGGUUUUGUUACACUGUUCGUGGCAUCUUUUCCUUUGGCUCCAUUAUUUGCUCUCCUCAAUAAUAUCAUUGAAAUACGUCUUGAUGCAAAGAAAUUUGUGACUGAGUUGAGAAGACCAGUGGCAGCAAGAGCCAAAGAUAUUGGUAUAUGGUACAACAUACUUCGAGGUGUAGCAAAAGUGGCUGUUAUCAUAAAUGCUUUUGUGAUCUCCUUCACCUCGGACUUCAUACCUCGGAUGGUGUAUCAGUACAUGUACAGCCCUGAUGGCUCAAUGCAUGGUUUUGUCAACCAUACUCUGUCCUAUUUUAAUGUUAGCCACUUUCAAGAGGGAAAAGAGCCCAUGGAUCCUCUGCGCCUUGGUUAUCCAGUGGAUAUUUGUAGGUAUAAGGACUACAGAGAACCGCCCUGGUCAAGUACGCCAUAUGAUAUUACUAAAGAGUUCUGGGCUGUACUGGCAGUACGACUGGCCUUUGUCAUCGUUUUUCAGAAUGUUGUGUUGAUAAUGAAUGACAUUGUGGACUGGUUAAUACCUGACAUACCUAAAGACAUCAGUCUCCAGAUACAUAAAGAAAAGAUUUUGCUGGUGGAACUGUUUAUGAAAGAAGAACAAGUGAAAAAGUUCACUCAAGAGGAGAGACUGAAGCAACUGCAUAAAAGAGGAAAUCAAGUGUAAUCUGAGCACAUCAGAGCGGGUUUGAACAAUGAGAACUGUACAGGGCUUAGUAGAGAUAGAUAUGUACUAUGUAUGUAUGUAUGUAUGUACUAUGUAUGUAUGUAUGUAUGUAUGUAGCAUUAUGUCCACAUGUCUAACAUUCCAAAAUGUGCUUUUUUUAAAUGUAUGUUUUUACACAGCAGCAGUCUUAAUCGACCAAAUAACUUUUCUUCUUGAAGGCCGUGAGUCUUAAAUCAAAGAGUAUGUCAUUAAAUUGUGUCUAUCAUGAUUAGUGAUCUACACAUUUUAAACAUCAGUUCAUGAACCUAUGCUGCAAUACUGCUCCACUGAACAGGUGAAAGUGGAAUAUUGUAUACAGUACAUUUCUCCCCAAUUGUGAGCCAGGGCUUUGUAAUCUGUCAUAUACACAUGUUUUUUGUUUUUUUAUGUUUUCUUGCUUCUGUAGAAAAAGAAGAUUGCAAUUUAGAUUUUACUUAA